UAGUGUCUUCUUAAGUCAGUGUGCACCACCAGAGUCAUACCCUUAUUCUUCUGAUAUACACACACAAAAGUUUGUAAAUCGGAGGAAACCAUGUGUCCUCUCAGGUUCAUUCUUGUAUUCUUGUCGGCAACUCUUGCCGGUUUCUUUGUUCUCAGAAACUUCAGAUCUCAACCUCACGUCACUAACACUGAGUUGGAUGCAAACAAUGAAAACAAUGAACACACCCUAACCUUAAAGAAUGCAACUUCCAAGGUUCGUGAUGUAUUGCAAUCUGGAUUCUGGACCUUCCUUGACAUGGCUAGCGGUCGCUAUCUUUGGAGGCACUUAGUCUCUUCCUCUUCCCCAAAUCCUGAAUGAACGGUUCCUAUGGUAUAUAUUUGCUUUUAAUGGUGAUAAUAAGCAUAACUUAGCUGCAAUAGCACUACUUACUGUCCACUCCUUAACACGUGGUUUAGACUUAUAAGUAAUUGCUUGUUGUAAAUGGAAUACCAAUAUGGUGUAAUUGAUUGGCAAAUAACCAUGUUUCUUACUCACUGUGUGUCUUGCUCACUAUGAAUUUAGCAGAACAAAUAUUUCAAUAAAAGAGUAUUUUACAGAUUA